AUCUGGGUUGUACAUGCCACUGGAAUUCUGCUCAGCCUGAUCUGAAACUUGACACAGAAUACUGUUUAGUUUUAUCUAACAAAAUAUGGAUGGAAUAGCGGGUGACCUUGAAACGGGGCAAGCAGGGAACGACGUGACACACGAGGAAAUGAUUUGUUCUGUUGUUGGAGCAAGGUGUCCUGCAGUGUUAAGUAUUGUUGAGGAAACCAAGGAGGUAGAGACGGAGAGGGACCAGGGAGAGGAUGGCUCAGUGAAAAAGCCCCUGCUUCUACAACAGCAUGUCCUGGGAGAGGUCAAGCAAAUUCACAGACCAGUCACCCAAACAGGGCCAGCGGAUGGGGCUGACCAAAAUACAUCUGUUCAACAAGAGCUCCAUUCUGACAACACAGAGCAGCCUCAAAGCAAAGGGACAAGUGUCGGGAGUCAAAGAAAUAGUGACAAUCUAGGGGACAAUGAGUGCCCCAUCUGCAGUGAACUGUACGACUCUCAGGGAGACCAUCGGAUGGCUUUGUUGAACUGUGACCACACGUUGUGCCAUUGCUGUCUGGCCACCAUCCUUAAGCGUGCAGCAGAUCCUAGCCGGGUGCAGUGCCCCUUAUGUCGACAGAAAACUCCUCUCCUUCACUGGGAGAUCCAGAGGAUGCAGGAGGAUAUGAUGUACCACCAGGUCAGUAGCUCUGAACAUGGACUCAUCAUCACAGACACUCUGCCUGAGACCAUUCCAGCCCCACGACUCUGCUUCGCCAUGGAACAGAGGCUGCAGACUCGCAUGGAGUCAAUAUUGCUGUGUGGAUGCUGCCUGUACCCUCCUCGUCUGAUUCAAAUGAUGAGGCAGAUGCAACAACACUGUCGAUGCUGCUACCUGAUAUUCCUGGUGCUUCUCUUCCUGAUGGAGAUGAGCUGUCUGCUGGUUGUCUUCCUUCCUGUUAUUGUGCUAGUGUUGUUAUUCACUCUAGUGAAGUAGAUAGUUGAUAGUUCAUCUAUACACAUUAAUCUCCUCUAACAUCCAUUGUAUUUCAUUAUUUAAAACAGUGUUGUCUGUCUUACCAAUGGGCCUUUAGUUUUACAAUCAUCAAUGAACCAUGUGUUUCUCUCAAAUUUCUCAAUAAAGGAGGAAUCCUCCAUGGAA